AUGGCAACCGUGGUGUGUGAGGACAGGCUUCAGAACAUGUUCAAGAAUACAUUUCAGUCUGGGUUCCUGUCCAUUCUUUAUAGCCUCGGGACCAAGCCAUUGCAGAUAUGGGACAAGGAAGUUGUGAAUGGGCACAUUAAACGACCUCAAGAUGAAGAUAUCCAAUCUAAUGUACUUGAAAUCAUUGGAACAAAUGUACAGUCAACUUACAUCACAUGCCCAGCUGAUCCUUCUGCUACUCUUGGGAUUAAGCUACCAUUUCUGGCCAUUAUUGUGAAAAAUCUUAAGAAAUACUUCACGUUUGAGAUCCAAGUUCUGGAUGACAAGAACGUCCGACGUCGAUUUCGAGCAUCAAAUUUUCAAUCUGUUACAAGGGUGAAGCCAUAUAUCUGCACAAUGCCGUUGAGGCUUGAUGAUGUCUGGAACAACAUUCAGUUGAACCUCGCUGAUCUGACAAAAAGGGCGUAUGGCACAAAUUAUGUCGAGACGCUGCGGGUGCAAGUUCAUGCAAACUGCCGACUUCGCCGAAUUUACUUCUCUGACCGCCUCUACUCAGAGGAGGAGCUGCCGCCUGAGUUCAAGCUCUACCUUCCUAUCCAAGUGAGAACUCCUAUUUAUGUACUUUGCUAUAAAACAUUUCUUCACUGCUUACCUAUCUACUACAUCCUUUUGUGUGAACUUCACAGAAAUCAUAAGAAUCCAGAGGGCAUGGAGAGACUUUGGUGA